AUUGUGGCAAUUAAAAAAGAAAAAAAAAAGAUGAAGAAGGUUAUUUUGGUCAAAGACGAGGGGUGCAAAUGCAGCUACUUUAAUAAAACCUGACUUUUAUUAUCAAAAAUAUUUUCUCUCGGCCUCCGCUUCUCCGCUUUGUUGGUGCAGUUAGGGUUUUCCCAAGGCAAAACGAGUCCCUGACAUAUUCUGUUCAGGAAGGAUGAGGCCAAUUUUCUGUGGUAACUUUGAGUUUGAAACCAGACAGUCUGAGCUGGAAAGACUUUUCAAAAGAUACGGGAAGGUUGAUAGGGUGGAUAUGAAGUCUGGUUUUGCUUUUGUUUAUAUGGAUGAUGAAAGAGAUGCAGAGGACGCUAUUCAGGGGCUUGACCGAAUAGAAUUUGGCAGAAAGGGACGAAGGCUUCGUGUUGAGUGGUCAAAGGAAGAACGGAGCAGGAAGCCUGAGGGUUCUAAAAAAUCUUCGUCUAGCUUCAGAGUUUCCAAGACCUUGUUUGUCAUAAAUUUUGAUCCAUACAAUACUAGAACAAGGGAUCUGGAAAGGCACUUUGAUCCAUAUGGAAAAAUACUCAAUAUAAGAAUCCGAAGGAACUUUGCAUUUAUUCAAUUUGAAACACAGGAGGAUGCCACUAGAGCCCUGGAUGCUACGAAUAUGAGUAAGAUGAUGGACCGAGUUAUCACAGUGGAGUAUGCAAUCAAAGAUGAUGAUGAUAGGAAAAAUGGAUAUGGUCCCGAUAAAACCUAUGAUCGAUCACCUAGGAGAGGUUAUGACCGAGGCCGAUCUCGUAGUCCUUAUGGAAGAGAUAGGCUAAGUCCAGUCUAUGGUCGUGGUCGAGAUCGGCCAAGUCCAGACUAUGGUCGUGGUCGAGAUCGGCCAAGUCCUGACUAUGGUCGUGGUCGAGAUCGGCCAAGUCCUAACUUUGGUCGUGGUCGAGAUCGGCUAAGUCCUGACUAUGGUCGUGGCCCUAGUCAAAGUCCUAAGCAUAGGGAAAGGAAUUCUGAGUAUGGCCGUGGCCAUAGUGCAGCUGUAGGAAAGGAGAGGAAUCCUGGUCAUAGGAAUGUUCGUAGCCCUAGCCCUCGUAGGGAAAGAAGAGGUCCAGACAAUGGCCUUAUGAGCAGUCCGCUGAAAAGCAGAAGUCCUGGUUAUGGUGAUAGACCCAGUCCUAGUCCUCAAAGGGUGAGGAGAGAGAAACAUAUCCCAGAUGGCUAUAAUCAUGGAAGCAGCCUGAGUCCUAAACUUGAACCAGUAGGAAGUCCUGCACGUGAUGGAAGGGGAAGUUCAGAGCGAUACCGGAGUCGUUCACCUCCAGCUCAGGAAAGAUCACGCUCCUAAUUUGCUUGAAGCUGUUUUGAUACUUGGAGUAAUGUCUGUAGGAUGGUUAUGUUGAAAUUAGUGCUGUAGAAUUACACCUUGAAGUUGCUGGAGCAUCAAAGUAGCAUGUUUGUUUUAGAACCACUGUAAUAUACCUUGGGAGAUUGAUUUUGCUCUUGGAAGUGAUUUAGAGCUGCUACCGUGUAUCUGCGUUGUUUACUUGAUACUAUCUUUUCCAUUUGAUACUGAUCUGGUAGACUUUGGGCCAUAUCAUUCUUAGCUUGGCUUCACCAACAAAUUUUGCUUAUCCCCGCCGCCUCAAUGUGGUGAUUGAUUAGUGAAGUUGUCUUGUAAAACAAAUCAUUAGUAUUAAUUAAGUAUGAGUGUUUAAUAUAUUACAAGACAAAUUUCAGAGUUUGCAAUAGUGAGUUUUGUUAGAGCAGAAUGGAUCUGGAGAGGUACUCAUGUAAUAGUUUGAGAUUGAUCCAUAAUGAAAGUUGUUUCAUUCGGGUAUUGUAUUA